GUUGUAAAGACUCGUAACUACAAGUCAAGCUAGAGGUCUUAUCUUACUAGUUUUAUCUAACUGACAUUCAACCCAUUUAAAUCAUUCUUUUAGAAAAUACGUGGCAGUGCGAAACGGAAAAAUGGUACGUUUUCUUCUUGCGUCCUUCAUUUUUAUGGGGUUUGCUACUCUUGUGUCCCCAUUAAGCACCAUUAAGUGUAGGUUGUGUAACCAAGCGCGAACAUUGGCUGAUUGUAACAGUCUUGUUACUUGUGACGCCACACUCGAGAAAUGUUUCAUGGAUGAAUUCAUAACACAUCAACCAACAGUUGUAUAUAACGGCGGCUGCAGAGCUAAGAGUGUGUGUGACAUUAGUGGAGGGAAACGUAGUGACAUGUUAGCGUGUUCAAGAUGUUGUGCACUUGGAGAUGACUGUAAUAAACGGUUAUGUGGAAUCAAAGAUGACACGUUAAACAGUACCCAGUGCUACAGCUGUGAUCAUCGGUCUUCGCAACAAUCCGAAGUAAAAGAUCCGAGUUCCUGUGUAAUACUUGGAACAUGUCAACCUAAUGAGGUAUGCUAUACUUAACAGUCAGAUGUCAUGGGAAGUGAUAUGUUUUUCUUCGGUUGUAGGUAUAUGCCACAAUGUCACUUUUUGAUGAAAACGGCUUAUGAAGACUAUAAAAAUUGUGUUUCAAAUAAAACGGCACUACCUCCUGGCCCAGACCGUGACAGACUUUGUGGUAAUACCGGACGCGCCACAUCACUUUGCCAUUCUUGCUGUGCUGAUGGUGGAUGUAACUAUGGCACAUGUCAGGAACAGAAUGCACGAAUUUUCCAUCUGGCAGAGGAAGGAAAGUUUGAUAUGGAUACCUUAAAGAUGAUAUAGACAAUUUAAAGAGAACGGAAGAUGGAACUUGUUUAUGUUUUAAACAAAUGAAACAAA